AUGCGUGGAGCCUUUUCUCUUGCUAGAAGGAGUUCGCUCUACACGGGCUCGACGCUCACCGUCCACCGUGCGGCUUUCUCCUCUGCCAGACCAACACUCGCUUUGAGCUCGCAGAUUGCAGCCUCUGGAGAGUCAAACGUCGAUCUUACAGCGUCACUUGGAGCUCAAAAGAAGAAUAAAUCGAGCCAAAAUCUCUCCCCACCGAGGAAGAACAACAUGCCCCCGCCGCCCCAGUCGAGUUCACGGGAUAGCGGGCGAACUCGUGGAUCUUCCCAGCCACCGAGACGUGGAGGUGCAAGAGGAGGUCCCAAGAAAGUCGUACACGCACCACCACCAAUGCCAGAACAGCUCGAAGGUGGCCUUCACGGACUCGAACAUGUUCAGCAGCUGUAUAGCAAAGGUGGCACUGUCCAGCUAAAACCCAAACAUUUGGAGGUGCCCAAAAGCGUGGUUCAAGACUACGCAAAACUUGUCUACGGUCGCGGCAUAGACGCAUCAUAUCAGGCAGGCUACAUUGGUCGAACACCCCAUUUUAGGUGUACAGUCAUUUUGGAUGAGACGCUCGGGAUUGUAGGUGUUGGCGACGCGCCAACAAAGAAAGAUGCACUAAAGAUUGCGUGUAUCUCGAUAGAAUACCAGCUUCAAGCACUUAAUUUGCUCGAGAAUCCGAUCAAGCUGGUCAUUCCAAAGCCCAAAGAGACAGACGCCACCACCACCCUCAGCAAUGGAGAGGAAAUUAGCUUCGAACGUGCGAGGCAAUUUAUGGACUAUUACUGCAGGCGGUUCGAUUUCGGCAAACCAGACAUUUCGUACGAGGCAGGCCGUGGCGGUUCUCCAUUCUAUGCGACUCUCACUGUCGGAGGCAGGAGAAUUGGUAUCGGUACCGCGCCGAGCAAAAAGGCCGCCCUCGUCCAGUCUUAUCUCGACGUUGCCCAAUACCUAGAGAAAUGCGACCCAGAGCUUUGGAAAGCAUUUGUAGAGGCCGCAAAGACAGGAAAGGAUGCUGGACUCGCUCCCAAAGUCCUACUGCAAAUGAGUGAGGUUCUGGGUGGAGAGAUCCGAGACCUCUGCGACGACGUAAAGGAGAGCGGGCUCUAUCUCAACUAUCCCAAGGAAGAUGACCCCGCCUCCGUCUCUGCCACGGCAUUAGAAGCAGCACAACGAGGCCCCUAUGUUCCGCCUUCCGCAGAGUUUUUCGAGAACAAGAGUCAACGCCUCAAGGCCCGCCUCGACGAAUAUAGAAGGGCACCGGAACACGCCAAAAUGCGAGCCUCUCGUGAAAGUCUUCCCGUCUAUACCAAAAUCAAGGAGCUCCUAGACGUCGUCGACGCCAACGAUGUCACCAUUUGCAUGGCCGCUACCGGCUCUGGCAAAACAACACAAGUCCCCCAACUCAUUUUAGACCAAUGGAUUGAUCGAGGGGAAGGAGCACGUUGCAAUGUCAUCUGCACCCAACCUCGCCGUAUAGCCGCCAUCUCCGUCGCCCAACGUGUCGCAAACGAGCGAGGCGAGGCGCUUGGGCGCGGGUCCAUUGGAUAUCAAGUCCGAUUUGACUCCAAGGUUCCUCUUGAUCACGGCUCUGUCACGUUCUGCACCACCGGCAUCUUCCUCAACCGCAUGCAAAAAGCGCUCGAAAUGGCCAAGCAUGAUGGCCCACGUCAGUUUGAUGAAGUGACCCACGUCAUCGUCGACGAAGUUCACGAGCGUGAUGUCGAUAUUGACCUGACGCUCAUGGUCAUCAAGCGCAUGCUUGCUGAUCGAAAGGCGAGAGGCAUCCCGAUCAAAGUGAUCCUCAUGAGUGCGACUAUCGACCCAACUCUUUUCCAACAAUAUUUUGCUGCAGCUGAUGGCACGCUUGCGCCCGUCUCUGAGAUCCCUGGCCGUGCGUAUCCUGUGCAAAAGAAGCUCCUUGAAGAAGUCCUUCAGGAGUUUGGUGGGCCCCAGGCCAUCGGUCCCUCUUCUUGGGUGUUCAGCGAGAAGAGCGUUGCCAAUUACAUCGGACAGGAGGCUGGUCCCCAAGCACUAGCGGCCCUUGGUUUCCCUGGAGCAAUGGCUCUCGUCAAGCCGCUACGGGAGGAUUCCUCUGGCGAGGAUCUCGAUAUUCCCGUGCCUCUGGUAGCAUUGUCUAUCGCGCAUGUUCUCAAAAAAUCCGAGGAUGGACAUGUGUUGGUCUUUUUGCCAGGUUGGGACACCAUCCAGUCACUGCAGAAAACGCUCAUCCACUCGGGGAUGCCCCUUCUUGGACUCAACUUCUCCGACUCUUCCAAAUAUUCCAUUCACCUCCUCCAUUCUACUGUGCCUAUCGCCGAGCAGCAAGCCAUCUUCGAGCCAGCAGCUCCUGGCAUUCGACGCAUCAUCCUUGCCACCAACAUUGCGGAAACCUCUGUCACGAUUCCGGACGUCGUGUACGUGGUCGAUACCGGCAAGGUCAAAGAGCAGCGAUACGAUCCAGAACGUCACAUCUCUUCCCUGGUCUCCGCCUGGGUUGGCUCCUCGAAUCUUAAUCAACGAGCUGGCCGAGCUGGUCGCCAUCGCCCUGGAGAGUACUACGGUCUCGUGUCUUCUGCGCGAAUGGCCAAGCUCAACCCGUACCAGACUGUGGAAAUCAAGCGGGUCGAUCUCAGCAACGUCGUCAUGCACAUCAAAGCCCUCAAUUUCCCGGGGUUGGAAGUUGAAGAGGUGCUUGCUCAGACGAUCGAGCCUCCCACUCCCGAACGCGUUGGUGCUGCCAUUGAGAACCUGAAAAUGGUUGGGGCGUUGGACGAAAGGAAGUGCCUGACCUCACUAGGUCGCGUUCUACUUCAAAUUCCCAUUGAUGUGCAGCUCGGCCGACUGCUCAUGUAUGGUAGCUUCUUCCGCUGCCUGGAUCCAGCUCUUACUCUUGCGGCCAUCAUGUCGAACCGUGAUGCAUUCAACAACCCGCCGCUAUUGAAGAAGGAGGCGAAAGCUGCCAGAGAAUUCUGGAGCCCUCAGAAUUUCCGGUCCGACGUCCUCGCAACCUUGAGAGCCUACUACGCCUGGUGGGAUCUCCAAGGAAGCGGCCAAUUUGCGGCAGCAAACACAUUCUGCAAUGAACAAUUCUUGUCUAAACCAGUUCUCCUUCAGAUACAAAAUCUCAAGGGUCACCUCCUUCACUCUCUCGCACGUGCUGGCGUGCUCAGUGUGUCUGGCGGUGGAGUUGAAGUCGAUGGUCGCUUCCCAAGGGAGGUUCCACCGGAGCUCAAUGCCAACGCCGACUCGCUGCCAAUGCUUGCUGCGCUCGUCGCCAUCGGUUCACAACCAAACUUUGCCAUCCGAGUGACGGAGAAACUUCUGCGGACGGCUCAGGAGAGGAAUGUCCUCGUCUUUCCUGGCAGUGUCAACAACCGCACGAAAGAAAGCAAAGCUGAUAGCGGAGGGGGUUUCGUCGAUAAACAACUCUUCGCUUUCGCCGAGAAGGUUCGCAACGUUAGCUCUGGCAGUGCCAACUCGGGAACUUUCAUUCGCGGCUGCACUCAACUUGAUCCCAUGACCUACCUCCUUUUCGGUGCCUACAACGCGGUGGUCACCGAGCGCGGCUUAGAAUGCGACGGUUGGCUUCCAAUUGUGGGUCGCGUUGACAUCUUGGAUGACAUCCAGACUCUGAAAACACGCAUGGACAAGUGCUUCCUCCGAGUUUUCGAAGGCAUCGCCCAUCACCGCCAGCAAUUCCAACAGCGACGACUCCCAAAUCGCGAACUGAGGUCUAGGAAUACCCAAGAGGAUGACGACGAUGUGGAAGAUUUGGAUGAAAGCGAUGCCAUCGUUGAAGCUCCCAAGUCGAGAGCACUCAACCCAGAGGAAGUUAAAGAGUUUGACUACCUCACACGUGAUGUUGUCCGCAUCUUGGAACGCUAUUCGGAGGAAAGGCUCAGCCAGUCACGCAUGGCUUCCAGGCCGGGUACACCCUCUGCUUAUGGAAGCCCAAACUUCCAGGGCCGCUUACAACUCCCUCGAUCCGGUUACUCCAGUCCAUAUCCUAGAUCAGGCUACAACAGCCCCUUUACUGGCUCUCGCCCUACUACCCCCAGCUCGCUCAGAACGACUUCUUAUCGCGCCUUUGCAUAG